UUCUGACCCUACUCCAACAAGCCUUCUCGUAGCUCUGGGGUCAAUCCGAUUUUUUUCUUUUUCAGUGUAGUGACCAAUCUCUCCCUCUUUAUCUAUCCAGCUAGCUAUUUUCAAGAUCUUGGGAACUAUAAAGAAUAUUAGAUACGACGUCCGAAUUUAAAUUUUGUCUGAAAGCAGUGUACGGAUACCAGUAUAUCCACGUGUAAAAAAGCGACUUCAUAUCAAUUUAAGGCUAGAUAUUUUUCCUGUUCAAAAUUUCCUCUGUAGAAAUCCAGGAUUGCUCUGAGGGCCAAAUAUGGCGUGGACGCAAGUGAUUCUUGGGGUUCUAGGCAUUAUUUGGGUCGCAGAGGCGAAAGCCUCUCAACAAAACAGGCUGUAUCCCGAUGGUAUUAACCAAAUCAGCCAGGUGCUUCCAACAACAGACGAGCCCAAUUUACCAGAACUGCUACCGGAAGUUGUGGUCCCGCAAGUACCAAUAUUUCUACGCGAAAGCAGGCCUGAAGAAACUCCGAAUCUGGAAGCUGGAAAUCACUGUCGGCUUUACAAAUAUGGCGACAUCGAGGCUCUCAUGGUUGAAGGAUUCAUCAUCCCCAUUGUGAAACCUGUGGGGAACCUGACGGACAUUCCCCUGCCCCCCGAGGACCCCCUGUCACCGAUGCCCCCGGCUGAUCAGGGAAACCAAGAUAUUCUGCAACACUCUCGUAUUAAGAGGGAUGUCGUCCUCAGAAGUCACCCUCUGAUGUGCGGAAACUUCGAGAUAAAGCAAGACAGCACGGUGACCAUCCAUACGCCAUAUUAUCCAGCCAAGUACACCAGUAAUUUCAAGUGUCGCUGGAUUAUCACGGUACUGGAUGCCGACGCGAUGGUCAUCAACUGCCCCGACUUCCAGCUGGCCAAAGGCGAUUCACUGACAACUACCAUAGUGGGAAAACCGACAACUCUCAAAAAAUACACUUUGACGAACGGACCGGUGCACCAGAUCGUGGAAGGCAACGCAGUGAGGCUGCUCUUCACCUCCAACAGAUUUCGAAACCAGCGAGGCUUCCUGUGCACUGUGGCUGCUUUGGCCCCAACAACAACGACGACAACUACAUCAACGACCACAACUCCCACAACGACAACAGCAAUGACGACCCCAACUACCACGACGACGACAACUUCCACUACAACGACAAAGCCCACGACGACCACCACCACAUCACCAACAACAACAACCACCACAACGCCCACGACGACAACCACCACAUCACCAACAACAACAACCACCACAACGCCCACGACGACAACCACCACAUCAACAACAACAACCACCACAACGCCCACGACGACAACCACCACAUCACCAACAACGACUACAACUUCCACUACAACGACAAAGCCCACGACGACCACCACCACAUCACCAACAACAACAACCACCACAACGCCCACGACGACAACCACCACAUCACCAACAACGACUACAACUUCCACUACAACGACAAAGCCCACGACGACCACCACCACAUCACCAACAACAACAACCACCACAACGCCCACGACGACAACCACCACAUCACCAACAACGACUACAACUUCCACUACAACGACAAAGCCCACGACGACCACCACCACAUCGCCAACAACAACAACCACCACAACGCCCACGACGACAACCACCACAUCACCAACAACGACUACAACUUCCACCACAACGACAAAGCCCACGACUACCACCACCACAACGCCAACGACAACAACCACCACAACGCCCACGACGACAACCACCACAACGCCCACGACGACAACCACCACAACGACAAAGCCCACGACUACCACCACCACAACGCCAACGACAACAACCACCACAUCGCCCACGACAACAACCACCACAUCGCCCACGACAACAACCACAACAUCGCCCACAACAACAACCACAACAACAACCGUUUCGACGACAACGCUGCCGCCUUUGUCGCAUCCUGACUGCGGCAUCACCAACAGGGACAGGAUCGUCAAUGGGCAGUCGGCGACCGCUAACGAAUAUCCAUGGCAGAGCUUCUUAGAGGUGAAGUGGAGCGACGGAAAGAAUCAACUGUGCGGAGGAAGCCUUAUCACGAAGCAGUGGAUUCUGACUGCGGGGCACUGCGUUCUCAGAAAGGACGGCAGCGGCAACUUGUGGAAACCCGAGGUGAAGGUGACUCUGGGGAUGCACACUCGCACCACUCCUCUAGCAAAUGGCGGCUUCCAAGUCACCGCCACAGCCGUCGAAAUACACCCCCAGAAUAAUUUCGCCUACGAUCUAGCUCUCAUCAAGUUGCCGCAGGAGGUCGAGUACAAACGAGAGGUGCGCCCCGUGUGCCUGCCCAAUAGGAAUUUGCUGGGACGCAAUGUCACAAGUGUACUCAUGGCAUUGAUUGGCUGGGGGAAAACUGAGACAGGUAAACUGACGGACGAGCUGCGCGAACUAAGUCGAUACGGGAUAGAGUCUGCCAUUUGCAAGACCGUCUUCGGGUCGUACAUCACCGAUCAUCACUUCUGCACGAGUGGAAUCGACGAGAAGCACAUCUGCUUGGGCGACAGCGGAGGCCCUGUGAUGACAGUGGACAGAGGCCGCUUCACGCUCACAGGAGUCGUCAGCUUCGUUGCAACCCAAGACUGCAAAGGACAGUACCCAGACGGCCACAUUUCGGUGGUCCAUUUCCUGGACUGGAUUCAAGAAAUAACGAAGCAAGCUCUGUACUAGGAAAGCGAUGAUGCUCUCCUUGAUUAGAGAAAAAAACGAGACGACAACCAGCCUUCAAACACAACCAGCUGCUAACCGACAGCCAGUAUCUUGGAAGGAAAAUUCGAAGUAGACCGAUUCAAAGAUAGUUUUUAACCUUUACAUAUAUUAUCAUGUUUUUAGGACAAACUACGUUCAUUUAACUUCAUGCCUUCAUUGAUGGUCCAUUUUCCCUACAAAAAGAUAGUCAAGUUUUUUAUUCCUGCCCAUCUACAACAACUCCCUGAAAUUAAAUAUUAAAAGUAUGAAACUAUAAAAUCAGAGCGCAAUUUCCACAACAGACAAAAAGCUUGCGGAAGACACCACCAUCUCCCACUGAAAGGAUGAAGAAGAUCCGUCAAUUUUCAUUUAACUGGUAAGGUUACCGGCAGAACAAAGCCUUGUAAACUGUGAUAUACAAACGUAGUUUAAUUUUAAUGAAAAAAAAAUUAAAAUUGGGGGUAGAUACGACAUACGCUAGAAAUGUAAUUUAUUCUUUACGUGUAUUAAAAUUUGUGUGUGUUUAUAAUUUAUUACUGCAAUAAAGUGAAAAUAUAAAA